AAUCAAACCAGUUCCCAACUUCAAUCCGUCAAAUUAACACACCGAGCGGUACAAACUGAGAAUGCAUGCACGAGUGUCACUCGUACUGUCAAUCACCAUCGGCAUCAUAUCGAGUUCCGCCGCUAUCGCACCACCCAGUUGCGACGGCCUGUACGGAUGCAUUUCCUCGCUACGGCAAUCGGAUUGUGCCCAGGGCGAGGUGCUCAUUUCCGGCGCAUCGCUCAACGGGUGCUGUCCGGGAUGCCGCGGCGGUCAGGGCUACAUGAAGGUUUGCAACGUUAACGUGGCCAGUCGGCGAUGCGCUCCGGGUCUCAAGUGCGUCGAUCGCAAGUGCAUUUAUGAUCGAUCGACCUGCCUACACACGAUCCACAUGAAGGACGAGGAGGAGUGGGCCGGUUGGUAUCCACGGUGCAACCUGGAUGGGACCUACGCUAGCAAGCAGUGUCGAGGUGACCGACUGUCCGGGAGGUGUUUUUGCUACAGUGACGAUGGGCGACGAAUUUUCGGCUGGGAUUGGUAUAAGGACGCGGCGAAAAUGACCUGCGCUUGUAGCCGACGUCGAGCAAAACUCGAAUCCGAAGGAAGAACCGGGGUAACACUCCAUUGCAUGUCGAACGGAAACUUUGAACAGCUCCAAUGCGAUUCGGGAGUUUGUUGGUGUGCGAACGAAAGCACCGGCGAUCCGCUAGUAGGAACAACAGUCGUACAUGACAGUUUGUGGAGGUUACUGCCGUGUUAUAACAGUUCUCUACAUGGUGAUUCAUACCUUCGACAAUGCGAAAGUGCUGCUUUCGCGCAGAAGAAAAUACAGCAAAAGUUUUCCCAGAGGGGCACCAACGGAGUAAGCUUUAACGACGUUCGGUGCGAUUAUGACGGAAGUUAUGGGUCGUACAUGAUUGAUAAUGGAGUAGUAUACUGUACAUGGCGCAGCGGGAAAAAGAUCGGCUCUUACCAGGUCCGCUCCAGUCUAGUUUCAUCUGUCAACUGUAACUGCGCUCGCGAUACGGUCAUCUAUCAGGAGGCCGGCAUCCCUUUCACGUUGGCCUGCGGUGGCAACGGAAACUACGAGUACGCCCAGGAUCAGAACGGGCAUCUUUUCUGCGUGGACGGCGACGGCUUCGUGGUGACGACGGAUCUACGACCCAACGAAAGCUGCGACAAAUUCAUCUACAAUUCGGCGUUCUACAAUGAAGAUUAACUGACCGAUGGUACCGAUUUUAAUUUAUAGACCAAGACGCAGUGUAAAUAAAACCGGCAAAAGCAUUUUGUUUACUUGAA